AUGGGAGAAGCUAGGAACUUGGUUGAAGUUGCCACAAAGAAAAAUAACGGUGGUGCAAAUUCUGAUUCUCUCAUACCUGGAGUUCCAGUCAUACCUGAAAUCCCAUCCCUUACAAUCAUUCCUAGAAUUCCAAUUCCACCCAUCGGUAUUCCAUGCAUUCCAGGAAUCCCACCUUUUCCUGGGAUCCCAUGCAUCCCAUUUCCAAUCCCACCUAUUCCAAAUAUUCCAGGCAUUCCUGGUAUUCCAGGAUUUCCUAGUCCCCCUUUGGAAUCUUCCAACCUUGAAGUUGUUAAAAAGAAAAAUAAUGAUGGUGCAAAUUUUGAUUCUCUCAUACCUGGAAUUCCAGACAUACCUGGAAUUCCACCCCUUCCAACCAUCCCUGGAAUCCCAAUCCCACCCAUCGGUAUUCCAUGCAUUCCAGGAAUUCCACCCAUUCCUGGAAUCCCAUGCAUCCCAAUUCCAAUCCCACCUAUUCCAAAUAUUCCAGGAAUUCCCGGCAUCCCAGGAUUUCCCAGUCCACCUUCUGAAUCAUCAUAA